AUGCCUGAAGUUUCGUUGAACAACACGCUAGGUGCUGCGUUCUUAGGCACCAUAGCGACGUCUUGCUUCUAUGGCAUCACUGUCGUGCAGACUUACAUCUAUUACAAGCGCAACGGGACAGAUCCAGCCUACCUACAGGCAUUGGUCUUCUUCUUGUGGGUGAUGGAUAGCCUGCAUCUGGCGCUGGUCGUGCAUGCCGUGUAUUUCUAUGCUGUUACGAACUUCACAAACGUGUUUAUGCUUGAUAUUCCAAUAUGGAGCAUACUAAUUCUAGUCACCGGCGUGAGCGACGGAGCCGUUAGGGGAGUCUUUUGCCAUAGAGUCUGGAGACUGAGCAAUCGGAAUUACGUGCUAGUGGUGGCGAUUAGUAUAUCGUCUCUCAUCGUCUUCAGUGGAAGCAUCGCCUUCGCCGUCAAGGGUUUCAGCAUACCAACCUUCACGGCAUUAUCAGAGAUCUCCGAUAUCCUAUACAUCAGUCUCGGAUCUGGGGUUGUUGCAGACGUCCUAAUUGCAGGAUCCAUGUGCUUCCUCCUUGCUAAACGUAGGACUGGUUUCACUCGGACGGACUCAAUUGUGCGCGUUCUAAUGAUGUACAGCAUAAACACGGGCGCUCUCACGAGCAUGGCCGCGCUGCUCACGCUGCUCUGCUACGCCAGCAUGCCGAACAACUUCAUCUUCAUUGCAUUCUAUUUCGUGCUUCCCAAGUUGUUCUUGAACUCGUUGCUAGCGACGCUCAACGCGCGACAGCCGCUCCGGGAGUCUGGCUCUGGAGACAUGGUCUCGUUCCCCUUAUCUGCGACGACGAAUUCUAGGUUGUCCUUUUCGGCCGGCCGGCCUCAGUUCACUCAGAGCCUGACAAACCGUGACGAUCAGGUCAAACUUCGCCUUCUAUCAAGCCUCGGGUAA